AUGGUUUCUCCAUCUUUGGGUUUGAGAUACAUUUCCAACAAAGUUUGGAAUGCUACUAUAAAAAUCCCAGAAUUAAAGACAACGUUGCCAGCCACUUCAUCUUCGUUUGAUGUUGAUCAAGUUGUCGCCAUGGUGACAGACAUGUUUCAACAGCAUAAAGGCAGCUUAUUGAUUGUCACGGGUGCAGGUGUCUCUACUGAUUCGGGCAUACCAGACUAUCGAGGGAACGUAAGACGAAUUUAUCUUGGAGAUCAAUUCUUGACAGAAACAAACUCACAUAUUUUAAUUAGCUAUGUUCGUAAUCCCAACCAUCGACCCAUUCUAUACCACGAACUUGCUGCUUCUCACAACUACCGUCAAAGAUACUGGUCUCGUAGCUAUCUAGGCUGGCCCAAAAUGUCAGAAUCGCUUCCUAAUCCAACACAUGACAUACUCAAGAAAUUGGUGGAUCAUGGCUAUAUACAAAACAUCAUUACGCAAAAUGUCGAUAAUUUGCAUACUAAAGCAGGCACGCCUGAUCGACAUUUACUCGAGCUACACGGCACAUUGUACAAAGUAGAAUGCAUGGAUUGUGGAGACACGUCCGCCGAUAGAAACUUGUACCAACAUAGAAUCCACGCCAGAAAUCCUAGCUGGAAAGCCAUGAUUGGCAAGGGUAAAAUCAAUCCUGACGGUGAUGUCGAGCUCCCAAAAGGCGCUUCUUACGAUGAGUUUGAUAUUCCACCUUGCUUGCACUGUGGCAGUCAGAAAAUGAAGCCCAAAGUCGUCUUCUUUGGAGAGAACAUCAAGCCUCAAGUGACAGAUCAAGCCGAGAAAUUUAUUCGUGAUAGCUCAGCGGUGCUAGUAAUUGGUUCGUCGCUUGCGACUUACUCCUCGUAUCGCCUGUUGCGUCUGGCACACCAAUUGCACAAGCCCAUUGGUAUUGUUACCAAAGGACCCACCAGAGCAGACAGCUUGAUGCAAUGGAAAGGCGAAGUUGGCUGUUCGCCUGUAUUGACCAUGGUGUUUAAGAAUCUGAUUGGAUUCAACAGCUAA